AUGUCGAAGAAACGUCUUCUGCGCGAGCUCCUGCCUAGGGAAAAAGAAUUCAGCAUGUGGUAUCUGGAAACGCACUCGUCAACCAAACAGCGGCGAGUUUCUCUGGCCUGUACUGAGUGUCAGAAAAGAAAGUCCAAAUGCUCCGGUACGGCCCCAUGCACGAAAUGUGCGACCGAAGGUCGCCAGUGCUUAUAUGAUCCAGCCGGUGAUCGGAGACGCAAGGCUCAUACCGCCGAGCUGUUAAACUUCCGUGUCGCCCUUUGCCGAAUGGCUGCAAUGCUGCGCUCUGGAACGGAGGAGGAGAUAUCACGGUUGAUCCGGGAGAUCCAAAACCUACCAACAGAUCAAGAUGCAGUCAAUCAUCUUGUUGAUGGAUGCUCAUUGCAUGGAAAUCCGAAAAUUCAUUAA